CGCAUAUAUUGCAACGACGAUGUGUAAAAGCCUCAUGUGAUCAACUGCAAGCACGCGGUAUAGGUAAUUCAGGCCGGAAAAGUGACCGAGCUGUAAAAUUGUUCCCGCGCCACGUGUGUGGAGACGACGAAGUGGAUGAUCUACCACCACCAUCGCAAAGUCAGUGUCGCUGUCUCCUCUGCUUCCAGUGCGCUAGCUGUUUUAUUUAUACUAUACAUAUAGUAUUCUUAUUCAGCGCGAUUCCUCGGCUGGGCACGGAGCCUCUCGUGUCUAUAAGUCUGGAACGCGGAGAAACUUUUUGAAACGCAUUUUUUUCGCCGUCUUUUUAUUAUUGUAAUAAAAACAUCUGCACUCUGAUGAAGAUAAUAAGCUGGUAAAUACGACAUGUCCAACGACUCUCUGCAGGAAAGUCCCAGCUCCAUAAGACAUCGGUUCUGUUCGACUUCAGCUCUGACGCAGAUUCAGAUCGAAAGACUCAAAAGAGAGGACGAAGAGGAGCACUGGAUAUCCGGUGAGGAGCUUUAUACGGAAGGAAGUAGCGACGACGAGGACGAUCAACGGACAGCAGUCUCUGAUCCGGAAGUACCAAGGUGCGGAGGAAAUGCUCGAGGAAAUGCCCGACCUCGGUGGGGUCAUCCGAGUCUUUCGCGGUUAGCGCGGGUCGCAGUUCCGUCGAAAGUGAGGAGCGAGGAAACGGAGAUCGUCGCCUUCGAGUCGACGACUUCCUGCGAGGAUAAAGCAUCGUCUUUACCGGAAACGGACCUCGCCAUGAAGGAGGACGCGAUUCAGGACGAAGGAGAGGACGAGGAGGAAAUAUCGUGGAGACCAAAGCGAGGUAGCAUCGUGUUGCCAAACGUGACGAGCGGAAAUGCGAUGGACGCGAAAUAGGCGUUUUCAAAAUUCGAAUCGACUCGAGUGAUUGUGUAUCGAUCGAAUUUUACUCGCAGAUCCGAUCUCUUCGCUGUUUUUUUCCACCGCAAUUUCAGACUGUGAAAAACUCUUUUACACUAGAAGAUUCGGUCGCCGAACUCCGGGAACUCCAGAUCGAAUAUCGCGGCAUCCUGGACGCCGUUUCGGAGCUGAAGGAGUCCUUGGAUUCACCGGCGAACCGCGAAAUUGACGGUGAUUCGAAUACGGCUAAGAGCGAAAGUCAGAUUAACUGCGUCGGAAACUGGGACAUUUCCUUGUUUAGCGAGGACGACCUUUCCCGUUGGUCAAACGCCGUGAGAAACGACUCGGCGAUUGAAAAGGAAAUUUUUAAUAUCAGUCGGCUCGACGGCUGUAUCGAUAAACUGAAUGAAAAACUCAAGGUAUAAUCUACGCGUAAUUCGGUGUUACGUAUAAUACCUGUGUUUAUGCGUAUGCGUGUGUUUUUUGUUUUUAUUUUUUUUCCUUUCUUUAUUUAUUGAUCCUCGGUUUUAUGUACAGUUAUUAUACUUACAUGUGUGUUUGUAACUACUGGCAACCGGCGGAAGUUAAUGAUUUAACUGUAAGAGCUAUAAUAUCAAAUCCAUGGCAGAGGACGGAUCUCUUUGUACAGUAUAACGCUGUUGUUAGGUAUAAUUGCAUCGAAAGAAAGGAAAAUUAAAACGGAAAAGUUAUUAUUUAUCGUUUGAAUAAUAUAUAAACAAUAUAGAAAGCUGCCGAGGAAACUUAUCGAGAACAAAUAUUGAAUCGCAAGAUAUUACGAAAGCUUCAAAAUCUCAGAGCACCGGAAACUGGAAAACUUGCUGAAAAUUCGAUGGACUUUUUCAAGCUUAUUGAUUCGACGGAAAUGGAACGUGACAAAGGUGCAAAUUCAACAUUUAGCGAGAGAGAGAGAGAAAAUUAUUUACUACGUAAUUGUUGGUGAAUUAUUGCAAGGUUCGUUAGUUGUAACUGUUUUGCACUUUUUCGAUUCUUUAAACAAUGAAGAAGGUGAAGAAAUCGACGGUGUCACGGUUCGAACAGUUUAUCAACCGGAAAUGGAGGAUAACGUGGAGGAUCUUGCAGCUCCCGGAGAUGACGGAGAAUCGCGGAAAUCGAGGAGGGAGAAACUCGAGGAAAAAUUAAAGAGCAUCGAGAAACGGAGGGAGAAUUUCAUCGAAAGAAACAUAGAAGUGAGCUUGCAGGGACGAAUUUCUUCUUAUUUUACUUUCGUCGUACGGAAAGUCCAAUGAUCUCACUAAACCUGAUCCGACAUUAUCGUUAGUUGGCUUCGAGAGCCAUGGGAAGUCUCGCCAUAACAGACGAG